AUGAAAAACGACACAAACACGCCCAUCCGGGCGUCCCAGGAUGUAGGCAGGAAACUGCUCGUCGUCGUACCCAUGCUUAUCUUCUUCUCCUUGGGCUUCGUUCUGGGCAUGACCUCCAACGCCAAGUUCCCAAACUUCUACCUCCCUUUCGUGCCACCAUUGCCCACUGCCACUGUGCCAUCGCCGCCUCCACUGUCGCCUCCGCCGCCGCCCCUGCAGCCUCCACCAUCACCACCACCUCCGCCUGCACCGUCGGCGCCAGCACAAAACCGGCAAAUGGGUUUCAUGGGCUUCCUUGCGCCGAGCGAUGCCAUCAAGAGCAACAUGACCGACGAGGAGCUGCUCUGGUGGGCGUCCAUGGCGCCGAAGGUGCGGAGCACGCCGUUCCACCGCGUGCCCAAGGUUGCCUUCUUGUUCCUGGUGAGGGGCGAGAUGCCGCUGCGGCCUCUGUGGGAGAAGUUCUUCCAGGGGCACGAGGGCCUCUACUCCAUCUACGUGCACACGGAUCCCUCCUACACCGGCUCGCCGCCCAAGGACUCGGUGUUCUACGGUCGCAUGAUUCCCAGCCAGAAAACGUCCUGGGGAGGCGUAUCCCUGGUGUCGGCUGAGCGGCGGCUGGUGGCCAACGCGCUCCUGGACGUCGGCAACGAGCGCUUCGUGCUGCUCUCGGAGUCGUGCAUCCCCAUCUACAACCUCACCACCGUGCACGCCCUGCUCACCGGCUCCAACACCAGCUUCGUCGACAGCUUCGUCAACCGCGACAGCGAGGUCCGCUACAACCCCUUCUUCGGCAGCCGCGGCAACAUCACGCUCGCGCAGUGGCGCAAGGGCGCGCAGUGGUUCGAGAUGGACCGCGCCCUCGCGCUGGAGCUCGUCGCCGACGCCACCUACCUCCCGGCGUUCCUCGAGUUCUGCGCGCGCCGGAGGGUCUGCUUCGCGGAGGAGCACUACCUGCCGACGCUGCUGAGCAUGCUGGGGUGGGAGCGGCGCAACGCCAACCGGACGCUCACGUACGCUGACUGGAGGCGCGGGGGGUCCCACCCGCGCACCCAUGGCGCGCGGGACGUGACGGAGGAGCUGAUCGGGGAGAUCAGGGGACGACGAGGAGGCCGCGGCGCCGGCGAGCACUGCACCGGCUACCGUGACGGGGCCAGCGGCGUCUGCUAUCUGUUCGCGCGCAAGUUCGCGCCGGACACGCUCGAGCCGCUGCUACGCUUGGCUCCCAAGGUUAUGGGGUUUGGGUGAGGUAGUGAUCAAGACUGUAGAAGUAUCAUUGUAUUCUUCCUUGUGUCUGGUUGAUGAUGACGGUAAUAUAAUGU